AAAAUGGUGUCAAUAAUUUGUACUCUUCGACACCACACGGACGAGCUUAGCUGCUGUGCCUUCUCUCCAUCCCUGCUGGCCACCUGCUCCGUCGAUAAAACUCUACGCGUCUACAACACAGCUGACUUCUCGGAGCUUCCUUACUCUCCUCUCUCGGGCCACGGCUACGGGGUUCACUGCUGUCGCUUCAGCUCCUGUGGCAGCCACCUGCUCAGCUGCUCCACAGACGGCUCCGUCAUCGUGUGGAGCUCGGACACAGGCGAGGCGACGGCGGUGUUGCAACACCCGGGCCGCAUUCCACUCCGAGUGUGUGCCCUGGCACCGGACUCCUCCCUCCUGCUGGCAGGGGCCUGUGAUGGCACCGUGGCCCUCUGGGACUUCCCCUCCAAGACAUUACGCAGAUGCAGCACAGUGAGUGAGGCCAGCGUUGUGGCUUGCUGCUUUUCUCCUUGUGGCCAGUUUUUCGUGACCGGCUGCACCCACGGAGACCUUAAGCUGUGGGACGUGGACGUCAGCCUCCUGCAUGCUGAGAAGGAUGCCCACGACCUGGGAGUCACCUGCUGCAGCUCUGCACCCCAGUUCAGAGUUGAUGGCUGCUGUGUGGAGUUUCGACUGGCCUCCUGUGGACAGGACAGCCAGCUGAAAAUAUGGAUUGUUUCCCAGCGUGAAGGAGCAGCCUAUGCCAUGAAGCUCCUUCACACCCUCACCAGCCAUUCGGCUCCAGUUCUGUCUUGCGCCUUCUCCUCUGACGGAGACUUGGUUGUCUCGGGCUCAGUGGAUAAAAGUGUUGCAAUAUAUGACGCGAACUUGGGAACCCUGCUCCACACUUUGAAAGAGCACAACAGGUAUGUUACCACUGUAGCCCUGUCUCCCAGCAUGCCGUGGAUUGCAACCGGCUCCAUGGACAGAACGGUGAACGUGUGGAGGAUAGGAGAUGGAGACAGCAGAACUGCGCCUGAAUCGAGGCAGACAUUGUGCCAAGGAAGGAAGCUGCCGGGUCACUCCAGGCUGCUGGUUGCUGAUUGGUCGGAGGAGGAUGUGCAGACUUGGCUGUGUGAGGAAGGACUGGAGGAGCUCGUCUGCAACUUUAAAGCCAACAACAUCGAUGGACCAGAGCUCAGCCAGCUGAACAAGGAAACAGCCGCAGAGCUGGGAAUUGAGUCUGUGGGCCUCCGCAGUCGUCUCCUGAGGAAAAUCGAGGCCUUGAAGUCAGAGCAGAGCGGCUCAGAGGCCCCUGAUGAGUUUCUGUGUCCAAUCACCAGAGAGCUGAUGAAGGAUCCAGUUAUUGCUGCAGACGGAUAUUCCUAUGAGCGAGAGUCCAUUGAGAGCUGGAUCAGAGGCAAGAACAAGACCAGCCCCAUGACAAAUCUGCCCCUACAGACCACACUCCUCACCCCCAACAGAUCUCUGAAGAUGGCAAUAACACGAUGGAAGUCAAGCCAGUAGACAAUAGCUCAUUUUAGCUUCUUUGUCAGAAUCCACCAAACAGAUACUACAUAAUUUAACAGUAAAUGUUCAUUAGAUAACAAGUGCUUUCAUUACCACUGAUUACUGAUCACUGAUUAAUUACUGUACAAGUAAAUCAAGGAAAAUUUACCCAGUAAAACCUAGUCCUAUUUAGCAAAAUGCCUAAAUAUGCCUGCCAAUUGUGAAGGCAUUAUACUGUGUGUCAGUGACACUUUUGAAUACAGCAAUAACACAUUCUUCCUCUUCAAAUUAAAAAGUGUGAUUCAUAAUAAGAACCACUGUCCAAAUCAAACAGCUUGCAUAAUUCGGCUUUAAAUACUGUAAAGUUGUGUGCACUGUAGGCUUUUUGCCAGUGACCAAAUUGCUUUUGACGACAAUUAAAUGUCCUCUUAAUUUAAGUAGUAUUGUGUCUUAGAAUAAAAGUCACCAGGUUUUUCAAAAACACACACACACACACACACAAAAAAUAGACUGUGAUGCUAGGUGUCAGCACCUGACCCCGAUGCCCAUCCCUGCAGGUGGAGGGCCCACAGGGGACGGCUCUGUGCUAUUUCUUUGGGCUGAGCCCGACUGGGCCCCAUGGCUAUAGACCCAACCACCAGAUGCUCGCCAGUGAACUCCCCUCCCAGGUCUGGCUCUUAGUGGGAUGGUAGUUUCCCCUGUUCUGGGCGAGGUGCCUUGUCAUCAGAGUCUGUGAAUUGCUCUUGGUUUGGUCCCUCCCCUGGGAUCAGUCUACCUUGGCAGACACUACUGGGGGUAUUGCCUCAGACAACUCCCAGCUCCCUGGAUCAUCGGGAUGCACAAACCCUUCCACCAUGUUAAGGUGGCGAUUCUCUGAUCCAGUUGUGAUAGUCUGGGCAUCUGAUAAAGAUGCCCCCAGGGCACCCUCUGGGUACAUCCAGCUGGGAGACCCUGGGGUAGUAGACCUGGAGGGAUUACAUAUCCCAUCUGGCCUGGGAACACCUCGGCAUCUCUGAGGAGGAGUUGGAAAGCGUUUCUGGGGACGUCUGGAAUACCCUGCUUAGCCUGCUGCCACCACGACCCGACCUCAGGUAAGCAAAAGAAAAUGGAUGGCUGGAGACCUGAGUUUUGCUUUUCUCAGAGGGUUUUUAUUUCUCUCUCCCAUGAUGGCUAUGGCAGUAAUGUUCUAUUACAGUAUGUGACCACAGCUAAUAAA